GAGGAAGAGAAGUGCACUUAGAACAAAUGAGAGAAUGUGUCACAUGUCUGCCUCAGGGCCUGCUCAAAUGUCAGCGCAAAUCUGAAGGGUGACCCCGGUGCUGCUGAGUUUGGAUCUCGGAUCUGUCCGGAAACCUGUCUGAGAAUCAUCAGCAUCCUCUGUGAAGUUGAUGGAGUAAUGAGGAGGUGAAGAUAUACACACUGAUGUCUGCUGGUGGCUCAGGGAUGGAUGACUCGACGGAGGAGACGACACGGGCCGCACCGUUAAGGCAACCGAAGGAAGGAGGCAUCAUCACUAGACAGCCGGCAACCAAACGCUACAGUGAGAUUUUACGAGACUUUGAUAACUUGGAGUUGUCCUUAGUGAGCAGCACGUCUGUAGAGGAAUUUCUCGGAGACUCUGAUGUCCAGUCGUUCUCAGAAACAGUAGACACAACAUUGGAGGAUUUGUCUGGUGAAGAUGUAGACACACUUGUCUGUCCUGAUGAAGAUGAAAGAGAAGGUGGAUUGUCGGCCCAGGAAGCUGAUGUGGCCAUGUGCCGCUGUGAGGGAGGCGUGGAGCUCGCCUUACAGUAUGCCAAGCUAUGGUGCCGCUACGCCAAAGACCUCCUCACCUGGAUAGACAAGAGAAUCAGCCUGGAGCAAGAAUAUGCCAAGAAUAUUAUGAAGGCAGCAGAAACAACAAAGUCUUGUAUUGCUCAACAGGACCUGAUGCCACUGCAGUCUAUAUACAGCAUGGCUCUGGAGCAGGACAUGAAGAGCAGCUCAUCAGCCAAACACACCACUGAGCUUCUCAAUCAACGCUGCUACCAGGCUUUGUCUGCCAAACGGAAUGAGAUUGACAAGUGGCGUCGGGAGUUUAAAGAGCAGUGGAGCAGAGAGCAGAAGAGAAUGAAUGAUGCCAUUGCGGCGCUGAAGCGAGCACGACAGCAGUACCUACAGCGCUGUGAGGAACUUGAGAAAGCCAAAGCCAUGACGGCCAAAGGAGUCGAUGAACUCAGCGGCACAAAGACCCUGGACAAGAGGAGGAAGUCUCAAGAUGAGGCUCGGUCCAAGGUAUCGGAGGCGGAAUUGUUAUACAGACAGUGUGUGAACGAUGCGAAGGCUCAUCAGGAAGAGCUGGAAAAAGUGAAGGAGAGGAUCAUCGUCCACACCCGCAAACUCAUCUGCCAAGGAGACAACGUGCUUAAAGAGGUGACGGUGAACAUGUUCUUCUACCAGAGACAGCAGAUGGAAUCCAUCCCCUUAGGAUACCAUAACCUGGAGCUGACCUGCCGACCGUGCGAGGCUGGAGAACCGUACCUGCUCUACAUCGCCAGAAAGUGUGGACCCGAGCAGCCGCUUCAGACCUUCAGGUUCCAGGAGUUCAUUCCUCAGAACAAGAGAGCUCGUAAAGUGAGUAACGCCGUGAUGCUGCUUCAGGACUCGACUUCUACACACGAGGACACGAAGCGCUUCAGUGAUGGAAGACGCCCCGGACACAGUGACAGUGAGAGCAUAGGAGGAAGUCUAGAGUCUCUGUCCAGUCCAGCCCAUAAACUGCUGAAAGCGCCAUCUACUGGAACUGUGUCCUCUGAUGACCUGGAUGAGAGAGAACUGAACACUGAAGCUGAGAGCUCUGAUCCUCUUAAUGACAGUAACGGCACCUACUCUAAAGUGCGCACCACGUCCCGAGCUGCUCUCACACACCGCCUCAAGAAAACAAAGAGCAAAAUGCAAAAGUGCAAACUGUGUGAUAACUUCAUCCUGGUCAGCGGCAUCGAGUGUGAGGAGUGUGGCCUCAUGGUUCACAGGAAGUGUCUAGAUCUGUGCCAGACCGAGUGUGAGCGCAGAAGAGGGGUUCUCUUUGGGAUAGAGUUCUCCAUGUUGCCCAGAGAGCAACCGCAGGACGUCCCCUUCAUUGUGCAGCGCUGUACUGAAGAGAUCGAGAGCCGAGCGCUCACCGUGCAGGGAGUUUAUCGUGUCAGUGGGUCCAAACCCAGAAUCCUGAAGCUGUGUCAUGCUUUUGAGACCCAGAAAGACCAGGUUGACCUUUCGGACCUCUCACCCCACGACAUCACUUCCGUUCUGAAGCUCUUUUUUAAAGAUCUCCCUGAACCGUUACUGACCUUCGACCUUUACACCGAUUUCAUCAACACUGGAAAAGAAAUCCAGCGUCUGACCGAGAGAGACCAUUCAGCUGAGCGUGCUCAGAUCAUAGAGAACAUUCUGAGCAAUCUGAAGCAGAUUCUAGCACGACUUCCUCCCUGUAAUUACAGCACGCUGCAGUACAUGAUGGCUCACCUGUUCAGGAUAUCUGAGUGUGAGGAUAAUAAGAUGUCUCCUGGGAACCUGGGCAUCGUGUUUGGCCCCACUCUCCUGCGCCCCCUCGUGUCAGGUGACGUGUCCAUGAUCGCCCUUUUGGAAAGCAGCUACCAGGCCCUGCUGUUGGAGUUCAUGAUCUCACACCAAGACCAGAUCUUUGGCCCUGCUCCAAAAACGUGCACGCCUCCAACACCUGCACACACCAACCCACCACCGGAGCCGGACACGGAGCAGGCCACUGCUGACGAGUGUGGAGCCUCGACCAGAGAACGGCCACAGUCUCUCGAGUCGUGGUUGUGAGGAACACCAGCUGCUGUGUGGAGUCGCUCUAAAGGUGCUUUUAAGGACCCAGUCGAGUCAUGAAGCGACCUAGGUAGAGCUCCAGCUAGAGAACGGCAAGAAAUAUUGUGAAGCUACAGAUUCUGGGAGGUUGUGUGGCCAUGCCACACCUCUCAGACCUCUCAGUCCUGAAUCAGACAUUGCCAUAAAGACAGAUGUGGUUUAUGUAAAUGGUACGGACCAAAGGACAUGGAUCAGAAGACACAGGACUUUUUUGUCCAAACUAAAGCUGAGAUGAAACAGCUCAAGGAAAUAUGAACAAAUUCAUUUUGUAUGAAACAGGCAGCCAUUAGGAAACAAUAAUUUUUAGGUUCCUCUUGGAUUCCUCAAGGGUUCCUUGGAUAAUUAUGGGUUCUGAAAUGGUUCUACAGGGAAACACUGAAAGUUACACUUUUCCAUUAAACAACCUAUAAAAUAUAUAAUUGCAUAGUUAUAUGAUUUAUUUUAACACAAUAUGGCUUUGCUGUCUUAAAUUGUCCAUGUUUAUUUUCAUUUCAUACUGAACCCUGUGAUGUUUUUUUUUCCCAGCACUAUUAGCUUCUUGAUAUAACUUUUGCGGAUACGUGAUUCAAAACUGACCCUGUCUCGUUCAUUUAGGAAUACUGGAUUUAGAAAAUUUGCAUAUUGUAUAAUAAUUGUUCUGUUUUGUAUAUUUGGUUUUGUUCCCCAGUGGAAUCUAAAUAUAUGUUUUGUACAAAACUGUAAUUUAUGUUUUCAUUUGAUAUCCAAUCCAACGUUUAUUGCUGUAUCCUGGAUAUCAUCAUAUGUCUAAUCUUAUACAUGAGAUACAUGAGCACACAGUCAGAAGGUCAUUCUUGACCAGUGGAGCACAAAUUAAAAAAAAAAAAUCCUAAAUUUUGAAUUAAUACUUAAACAUACCACAAGAUGGCAGAUGUGUCAUGCUGCUCCACAGUAAAGUCUGAAGGAUGAGUGAACACGUUACAAACAGACAUUAAGUUUAUAAUCAGCAAUGAUGUUAGAGUGCAGGAUUAUUGGGCAUUGGUAUAACAGACAUCUGAUGGGUCAGGAGCUGUUUCUUUUUCUGUAUCAGAAGACAGCAGUUCAGCUCCAAAUCCCAGGUUUAUUCUUUGAGAUGUCUUGGCAAGUUAUGAAGGAGUCUCGUGUCUGUGCAUUGUAAUGAUCAUGGUCACACCAGACGAUCACGACACUCACUGACGUCACAAGGUUAAUUAACGCUCACGUUAAUUAACGCUAGUCUUUAUGUCACACUUUAGUACAGCACUCGACUUAUGUUCAUUUAACUAUUGCAUCUGAUCCUUGCUUUUUUCACGUUUUGCUGUCUCACUGCUAUUUUAUGUCUCCCGGCCUUUGUGUUUCAUGUUUGCUCGCCUAAAACGAAUAAAUGAAAUCUUCACUUGAA